AACAAUGUGUAAUCUUUUUGAUUUCAUUCAAGGACAGAAUUGCCAACUGAAAACGAUCAAAAACGUUCUUAAAGAUGUAAGACGGUCGUGGGAAAUUGCAACACACGUGUUAAGGGUUCAGAAGAAGUUAAACAACGUUAUCCGCCGUUUACUAAGCUAUUAUGCCAGACUUUGUUGGUGUGUGUGUGCUCAUCAGCGUGUUGAUAAGUCUGAUAACAGUAGUUGGUUACCUUUGGUACUCGAGACUCCUCUCAGACAUCCCCAUUCAAACUGGCUCUCCUCCCGUAAAGAAGAUUACAUUUGCUUAUAAAUUCAAAGAAGGACCUUACAAAGACUGCAGACAACUUUUCAAGGAGUCUCGUAGUAUUGGACCAAAGCUUUCAUGUAUCGGAGUAUUUUACGAUGAUCCUAAAAAGGUGCCGGGACCACAGUGCCGCUCUGCUGUCGGCAGUAUUCUGAGCGAGGGCGACAACAAGGCAGACGAGGAACUUCUAAAGAGCUAUGAGACAUCUGGCUUUAAUGUAUUUUCCUUUCCCGAAGUCACACAUGUGGUCACUACCUCGUUCCCCCACAAGAGCUUUGUCUCUGUCCUCCUGGGAGAAAGAAGAAUUUACCCAAGGCUAAAGCACUACAUCAAGGAAAGGCGGCUGUGUGCACACCCAUUCCUCGAGAUCUACCGAGAGAGUCAGAUCCUGUUCAUGGCCCCCUUGGCCCGGCAAGACGAUUUCUACGUGCGAGAAGUCCGAAAGGCAGAGAGGAGGCUGUCCGAACAAGAGGAAUUGCACAGUGACUCAGACGUCUCAGGUGCAGACUCCAACAGUGAGUACAGCUCAGGGAGUGGGGUUCUCCUGUCGGACAGCAGGGAGACGUCCCUGGCGGCGUCCUCGGUCCACUCAGUGCCUCUCCAGGAUCAAGAGGAGAGAAACUACAAUGGAAGAAGCUCCCGGGGAAACUCGUUUAAAGAGCUGGACUGGGAGCAGGAAAACAGAGAAGAGCAACUUCAUGAAGACUCCAACCAGAAGAGCCCAGAGGCUCCCGCUCAGGAGUGGUGGGGGGCUGUUGGAGAAGAGGAGUAAAAGUUCAGUGAGGCAUAUUAGUUCAGGAAAGAGAGGAAAGGAUUGAAAUGUAAGAGGUUUGGAAGUUACAAUUACAAACAUGUGUCCCUCUUUGGAUCUAUGUCCAAAAGGAGAGACUUUACAGGAUAAGGGAGGCAGUAUUUUGAACACUAAACAAAUCCCAUGAAAAGAAUCAACAAUUAUUCUGAAUGAUUUGUCACAGUCCCUGCCUUGAAAGCUAAUUAUUUACAAAAAAAUCAAUAUUUUUAAAAAUAGCUUAUGAAUUUCUGGUUUCUUUUUUAAAUGUUUUAUAAAAAGGUACAUUUUCUUAAACAGCGCUUUAGUUUUUAGCUAAUAUUACUCAAACAGCAGUGAAUCGUACAUUUAAUACUAAAUGCAUUUAGUGAGUACUUCCUACAGCAGGAAAGUGUAUUCAGGACCAGCUCUAAAGAAAACUAUAGUGACCGUGUUCAUUGUAAUAAGGGUCACACAGUCCAAAAUAAGAAAAUAUAACCAGAUUUAUUAAAUACUCUUUUAAUUACAAUUUUAAAAUGAAAGUAUUAUAAACUUCCAGAUGUUUCUGACAGAAAAAAAGCAACCACAAAUAUCCAGAACUUAUCCAGGUAGCCUGAGAUUCUUGAAACAUUUGUACAGAAAGUAUGUCUAUGUUUGUCCAAAUGACAAGGAAUGAACUGUUAUAAAAACAUUUUACUUGAAAAGUCUUUAGUUUGCUGCACUGAGGCUAACCAUUACUUGCAUUUUAACCAUUUUUGUUUCACAGACAAAUGGAAUUCUGUUACAUUUUUAAGGACUUGGCAAAAGACAUUGAAGUGACUGUAUGAACAUGGACCUCACAAUGUGAUCUAUAUUUUGUUGCUUGACUUUGUUUUUAAAUAUUGUGUUUGACAAUGUGUUUGUCCCGUUAGAAUUGUUCUGUGUAUUUUUACAAGCCUGUGCAAUUGCAUAGCUCUGUUGGUGAUGCACAUGUUUUGAUAUAAAUGUUACCUCAUCUCCAAAGAGGAAAGUGUGAGUGAAUGCAUAAUUGCCUUAUUUGUGAACUCCUCCUGAGCCCCUCUGAGAUUGUGGACACGAUUAUGGUGAGUGUGUGGCGUGCUUCCAUUAUCAGUCAGAAAAGAGAUGACAAGGCAAGUGAACUAAACAUUAAUAUUAAUUCCAAUUACACUGAAAGCAAAUAAAUCUCUGUGUGACUCUA